AUGCCUUUGCUGAGCUGUAUCGUCAUUCAGUUUCUCUGGGCUUUAUGUGCUAAUGGACAAGAAAUUACUUGUGAUCCUCCAGCAGUGACUAAUGGAACCUUCAAGCCCCAAAAGAGAGUGUUCAGAGAAGAGGAUGUAAUCAGAGUAGACUGUAAUCGUGGAUUUCACUUUGACACAGACAACAGGGAAAAGACAGCAGAAUGUACAAAGAAUGGCUGGUUACCUAUUCCAAGAUGUAGCUUGAAACUCUGUGACUACCCACAUAUAGAAAAUGGCAGAUUAACUGGCUCUUACAAAAACCACAGAGAAAAAGAUUUUCCAGUACGUUUAGGGGUGACAAUUUUCUACAGAUGUCUUGAUGGUUAUGUAUCUAAGAGUGAGAGCACCUGGAAUCUAAUCAGAUGUACUGCAGAUGGCUGGGACCCGAUGCCAAAAUGUCUUAUAAAGUGUUCUCCCAUUUGGUUGGCAAAUGGUAGAUUCCUAAAUCCAUGGCAGAAAGUCUACAAAGAAGGUGAUGACAUUUCGUAUGUGUGUGAUCAUGAAUAUAUACCUGAAAAUCAGCAAGCAAAAGCUACAUGCACAAAGAAUAACUGGAUGCCUACUCCAAGAUGUAUCUUUAACCAAAUAUGUAGAAGGACAGAGGUACCUCAUGGUUAUUUCUAUGAAACAAAGAACAGGUUUGGUUUAAAUGAAAAAGCAACAUAUAGGUGUCAGAUUGGUUACAUGACUCCAGAAGGAAAUGAGACAGGGGAGAUACAAUGUCUUGAAGAAGGAUGGAGUCCUUUUCCAGAGUGCAUCAAGACAUGUAGGAUGCCUGCUUUUCAGCAUAUUCAUUUCUACACCAGUAAAAUGGUGUUUCUGCCUGAAGACAUACUGGAAUAUGAAUGUGCAGAUGGAUACCAAACUGUAAAUAAAAUCUCAAGGGGGCACACAAUAUGUAGCAUAAAUGGAUGGACUCCAGAGCCCCAAUGUUUUGCAAUAGAAUGUGAGAUGCUGAUGCUGCUCCAUGGAGACAUUUUCCCCAAGAAGGACAAAUAUCUUAAUGGAGAUGUCGUGACAUUUUCCUGUGCAAAAAGUUACACCAGAGUAGGACCUGACUCUGCUCAGUGCUAUUACUUUGGAUGGUCCCCAGCACCUCCGACAUGUAAAGUGGAAAUCAAAGCUUGCGGGCCACCACCCAGCAUUACGAACGGGAAUAUUAUCAGUGACCUUCACGAGAAAUAUCAGCAUGGUGACUCAGUGGAAUAUGACUGCAACCUCAGAUUUAAAAUGAUCGGAUCAAAGAGUAUAGAAUGUGUUGAUGGAGAAUGGUCAUCUUCACCCUUUUGCAUUGAAGAGGAAAAAACUUGUUUACCACCCCCCAAUAUUGUCAGAGGGAGUGUCUUCAGCAUAAACCAGGACCAAUAUUUUCAUGGUGAUUUUGUGGAGUAUGGCUGUGAAGGAAACCUUGAAAUUGUUGGGACAAAUAUCAUAAAAUGUCUUAGUGGAGAAUGGACAUCUUUACCUUCAUGUGCUGGUAAACUGUACUUGGAUAACACUUUAAAUAACACCAAAACUGUAAAAACAGAAAUUCCAUUAUGUGGAACCAUUCUGACCUCCAGUUUGUAUCAUCAGCAAGAUCCAUCUGUGAAAUGUGCACUGCCAAGGAAUCUUGAGAAUAUCAGAUUUUUAUCGGUUUACAAUUUUCAAAAGAGUUUCUAUCACAAAGAUGUUGUAAAAUACAGAUGUAAUUCAGAUGUCAAGAAACUUAAACAAACAGUCUGUGAAUAUGGGAAAUGGUCACCCAAGCCAGAAUGUGUUGAGAAUAAAAGAAAAUGCCCACCUCCCCCUCAGCUACCAGGAGCCUCCAAGAUAACAGAGAAAAGAAGCUAUGAGACUGGUGAAAAAAUAGCUUUUAUGUGUCUGGAAAAUUUCAGGCUUCAUGGAGUGAAAGAAAUAAUGUGUCAAGAUGGAAAAUGGCAGUCACCGCCAUACUGUGUUGAAGAAAAAUCAUGUUUGCAACCAUAUCCCAUAGAAAAUGGUGAGAUUUUAACUCUAGAAAAUCGAAGCUUAAGAACGGAGAAACUGGGACCAGUGACUUAUCCAAAUGGUGCGACAUUAAAGUACAGCUGUAAUGCGGGCUUCAUGUUAAGAGGCCCAUCAGAGAUAACUUGUAGUAUGGAAAAAUGGACCUCAUCGCCUGCCUGUAUUGAAAUGCCAUGCAGAGAGGCACCAGAUGUCCCCCAUGCUUAUACUGAAGGUAGCAUAAAGACUAAUUAUGAAUCUGGUGAAACAGUGCGUUAUCAGUGCCACCCAGGUUUUAUUGCUGUUGGACCACAGGAGGUAACAUGUAAAAGAGGGCAGUGGACCCAGCCACCGGAAUGCCAAGAUGCAACAUGUGGAGAUCCACCUGCAGUUGCCAAUGCUGAGAUCAUAGACCAUAGAGACAGAAGGUAUUGGCCUGCUGAAAGAGUGCAGUAUCAGUGUCAAGAAGGUUUUGAAAGUCAUGGACCAAAUGAUGUCACCUGUAUAAAUAAGGAAUGGUCACAACCACCAACUUGCGAAGAUAUGAUGUGUGGACCUCCACCUGCAGUUACUAAUGCUCAGAUUCUAGGGUAUGGAAACCAAAGGUAUUUGCCUGGUGAGAGAGUGCGCUACCGAUGUCAACAAGGGCUGAGCCUCAUUGGGUCACAGACAGUGACCUGUCAGAAGAAAAAAUGGUCAGAACCACCAGAAUGCAGAGAGUCUGCUGGAAAGUGUGGGCACCCACCUACUAUUGAUAAUGGAGACAUCCUGGUCUUCCUACAGAAAGAAUAUGACUCAGGUUCAAGAGUGGAAUACAAGUGCCAAAGUUUUUAUAGAAUGAAGGGAUCUGCCUUCAUUAGCUGUGAGUCUGGCCAAUGGACCGACCCACCGGUUUGCUUAGAGGCAUGUACAAUCACCCCAGAAGAUAUGGAGAAAAACAAUAUUGGGCUGAAAUGGAGGUCGAAAACAAAACUGUACUCAGAAAGUGGAAACUUUGUUGAAUUUGACUGUAAAAAUGGAUAUGUGAAGGAUCCAACAUCUUCUGCAUUUAGAGUGCAGUGUGUGGAGGGGAAACUGGCAUAUCCUAAAUGUAAGAAAGAAGAGUUAUGUAUAACAUUCCCAGAAGAUAUGGAGAAAAACAAUAUUAGGCUGAAAUGGAGCUCAAGAACAAGACUGAAUUUACAAAAUGGAGACUUUGUUGAAUUUGACUGUAAAAAUGGAUAUGUGAGAGAUCCAACAUCUUCUGCCUUUAGAGUACAGUGUGUGGAGGGGAAAUUGGCAUAUCCUAAGUGUAAGAAAAGAGGUACUUCAGAGUGAAUAAAAAGAAGCAUCAAGCAAAUAAUUUUAACCCAGAUCUGAGGAGCAGAAGACAUUAACCAAUUUUUGUAAUGUUCACACAUUAUGCCUGUCAGUAUUUUAACCUAGAUUGUCUGAAUUGAUACAUGUAAUUACUACUUCUGUCACAGUGUAUAUUAAACUAAUCAUAAAAUAGUAACAACAGAUGGGCAAAAAGUUCCAAACUACAGCUUUUUUUAUGAAAAUUGGAAAAGGAAGCUUUAAGGGAAAUUGUACACGUGGCUGCACGUCUUGAAUUACACACUCCCUGCUUGUUGAAACAGAAAGCAGCAGUAUUUCUUUCUGGCCCAGAUCAGGAACUCCUAGAAUUCUCAUAAAGAACCUUAAUCUUGGGAGGUUUGUAGCCCAAUUGCUACAACUGGAGGCUUGUUUAUGGAUUGAGACCAUUGUGAGUUCCACUCAUCCCUGUGAGCAAUUGGUCAUCGUUCUUUCAAAUGUUUUAGUCUGUGCAACCAAAAUAUUACACAGACCUCUAACACAGGUGAAUAGAAAAUAUUCACU